UUGAAAUGUGUGACACAGUUUUUUCGAUAUAAAUAUAUAACAAAGAAAGAAAUGACAAAACUAAGAGGAAUAUCUUCACAAACGUUUUAUAAAGUUCUUACAAAGGAAAUGCAUUUUUCCUGAUUAACAAGAAGUGGAUUAUAGUUUCUAUGACAAUGUAAGUGAAGUGUCAAAUUGGUGUAGAAUUUUGCAUAAGUAUUUGAUAUUAAACAUAUUUCAAUGUUCAGGAAAGUAAUGCAACUGAAUGAAAGCACGAGGAACUUGUCCGAUUCUGUAGUUGAAAAUGAGGAUAUUUUCAGCGUUGGACGGCUUCGUAUAUCGAACGUCGUUAUAAUGGCAAUCGGUUUGUUUUGCAUAUUUAUCAUGAGUUUUGUCGGAAAUAUUUCUGUGUUUGUGAUAUUCUACAAGCGGCCCGUGCUUUUGACCAUUUCUAAUAGGUUUAUAGUAAACCUGUCAGUUUGCAACAUUCUUCAGACCGUUGCCGUAAUGCCUUUCGUGUUAACAUCGCUUAUUUCUCAAGAGUGGUGGUUCGGGUCAGUUUGGUGCCAAGCCUCGGGUUUUGGGAUGAACCUGAUAUUUACUGCAAGUACAUUUACAUUGGUGCUUAUUGCCAUAGAUCGGUAUUUGGCUGUCGCAAAGCCAUUACAUUACUCAAUGACAAUGACAAGCAAACGGGCGUCCGUAAUGAUAGCUUCAGUUUGGAUUUCGGCCAUUUUGUGUUCACUGCCACCACUGGUUGGAUGGAACAGCUAUGAAUUUCAGCGAAACAAAAUUGCGUGUAUGACAGCUUCAUAUAGUAAACAUCAAGGAGAUCGGUCUUACAGCAUUUUCCUUGUUACAGUGUGCUUUAUUCUGCCUUCAUGCAUUAUCAUGUGUGCAUAUUGUGUUAUUUUCAAAGCGGCGAAAGUAAGCAGCGAAAAGGUUCGGCGGAACAGUACAAUAGCAUCUGGUAUUAAUGAUUUCCCCGAGUUAUCUCUUAGAGGGGGUCGUCGCAACAGCUCUGUGCAAAGUUUGAUGCAUAUGCUAAGCUGCAGCAACAAAACCGGGUCAGUUCUCUGGAGACGCGAUGACAGAAAAGCCGCUGUGACUAGUUUUAUCGUUUUAUUUACAUUUAUUUUAUGUUGGUUGUUAUACUUUAUUAUCAUUAUUCUCGAAUGCCUUUUAAAAGAUCCAGACACUAUUGACCCCGUCGUAAAGACCCUGUCAGUGGUACUUGCCCUAUCAAGUUGCGCAAUAAAUCCACUAGUUUAUGUGUUCCGCUGUAAGCUUCAGAGAGUUGAAUUGAAAAGCAUUUUGGGUUUUAAACAGAACAGUUUCAAUAGAGAUAUGUCUAAUGGAAAUCAAAAUGGGUCAAGAAGACCAAGUUAUAAGCUGAACUGCAUCCGACAAUCGCCUUGCUUAUCACGGGAAGGUAGUCAAGAAUCAGAGGUCAUUGAAAUUCUUCACCACGUCAAUACAGCCGCGACAUUAACCUCAAUGAUAAUUCCUGAAGAGGAAGAAAAAUUGCCAGUGACACAAACAUAAAUGGAUAUUAAUAUUGGUUGUAUUUAUUGUUUGUACCUUUACAAGGCC